UUCGCUUAUGCCUCGAGCCAGCCCUGUAGUCAAGGUUCUCAUUCAUCCCAAUGUUCAGUGGGGUUGAGAUCAGGGGUCUAUGCAGACCACUUGAGUUCCUCGCAACAUGUCUUUAUGGGCUUUCUUACGGCACAGGGGUACGGUCAUGUUGGAACAUUUGGCUCUUCAACAAACUGUUGAAAUUCAAAUUGUCAUUGUGACUAAACUGUCUUUGUAUUCUGUAGCAUUAAAGGAGAAGUUCACCCCAAAGAAAUAGAAAUUCAGUCUUUAUCAUUUAGCAUUCUCCUCAACAACUGAAGUAGAUUUUAAAAAUUGGACUAGUAGCUCCAUGCAGAUGUUUUGCAGGCUGCAAAACUUCCCCUGACUUUAUGGUGUAGAUAAUGACAGAAUUUUCAUUUUUCAGGUGAGCUGAUCCCAUCUAAAGGAGUGUAAACCCUGGAGAACAGUUCGUAGUCCUUCUUCCUCCAAACUUUACCGUAGGUACUAUGUGUUCUAUUUGCAUUUUCCUGGCAACUGCCACACGGAUUCUUGCAUCAGACUGCCACACUGCAUAGAAGGAUUCAUCUUACAAAAAUACACCUUUCCACUGUGGCAGAGUCAAGUUUCAUCAUUAAUCUCACAACACACCGUUUGUGUGCUGAUGUUGCUUCCAGUAAUUUGGAGCACUGUGGUGAGUGAUGCAUCAGAUUAUAUGUAACAAUUAGUAACUUAAACAUGCUUCAUUACUUACUUGCCCCGUUCCGUGAGUUUGAUCCAGCAGGGCAGAAACUCCUCAUAAUGACUCGCAGCAAAAGAUCACACUGUCACUCAGUUUUUUACUAUCAAUGUUAUAUUGUGUCUGCCUUUCAAUGAGUUUGCUCAGUUUAAAAUUAGAAAUGAGGUAAGCUAGGCGGGGACCUGCAGAGGGCAGUAGAGAGCUCCACAUGGACCGCAGGAGCACUGGAACCGGGAACAAGCGCUCAGGAUAAUUGGUCGAUAGUCAUGUAUGUGUGUGCAGUAGCGAUAGCAAGUGUGAUCAAAAAAGGAACAAAAAAAAAAGAAAAGAAAAGAAAAUCCAAAAUGUCUAAAGACAGCAGUUCAUAAUGAUGCCACCAUCAUAAAAACAGCGUGUUUUCAAAAUAAAAGAAAAAUCACAACAUCCCAGCAGGAGCCAACACGUGUAUUUUGGUCUCAUUAGUGAGUUUGCAUUGCAUUUAUAGUUAUUCACUGUGUGUGAUUCAGGGGCUUACGUUAAAAUGUCCCCAUCAUGUCGGCUGAGUAACUGAAAAUCCCUCAGAUUAGCCUGUAAUUCACGAGUAAUCUGUUGAGGGAGAGCCUUAUGUUAAUGUGUCCACCUGCUGACACCGGGGCGGACCGGGACGCAGAGAGAGAGACAGAGGAGCCGUCAGACGCGCUGCGGCUGGAAGGAGGCUGAAGAGUCCCCGCACAGGAGGAUGUUUGAAUGAGCUGGAAAAAGACGAGGUGAGGAUCCUUUCAUGUAGACUGAUACUGCAGGUGUCGGAGCACUGAUGCGGGUUUUGUCCCAGGAGCUGGGUGAGUGGAUUCAGCGUCCUCCGCACAGAGAAAUAGACCGUCUAUGGACAUCACUGUCCUCUCAUAAUUACAUCGAAAAGUCCACUCGUGUUGUGUUCGAGGAUGAAUGACCGCAGACGUUAUAAUGGUCUAAUGUCUUGUGUCCACGUCGCGCCAUGUGCCAGUGCUCACAGAUUAAGUGACCUAAUCUGGAUUAUGGUCAGAGCCGCCUGGCGAUAACUGUCCUCAUGUCGCCAUGUGCGUGGGACACUAGACUCAGAAAAAGGAAAAAGGGACAUCUUUUCUUAUUUUAUUUUUUAGAUUCCGGUGAAUUUUAUUUGGAAAUUCAUAUUUCAUAAAUCCAGGCAACAGUAGUCAUUAACACAGUGGUGGGAGACGUUUAUUCAGGUAUCACAACUGAAAAACACCUGACUGAAGUAAAAGUACAGACAUGUCAGCAACAUUUAGUGAAAGUAUCCAAAAACAAAAUUAAAACAAACAAACAAGAAAAACAAAAACGUGUUACUUUCAGUUCAGAGUGUCCCGAACAGAGCUUUUAAAGCAGUUUUUGAUAUUUCAGUGUAAAAUAUAUAGUAUGUGGUGCUGCAGAUGAGAGAUGGUCAAACACCAAGCUUUUAUUAGCUUUUAUUUUUAAAGACAUAUUCACACACCAGCAGAGCACAGGUGAUGACUGAGUAGAGGCAGUAUCUCCUCAGCUUUCAUGAUAUUUAGGAACAAUACAUUCAGUUUGUAACAGUUACAAGAAUAGAUAUGAUCUCUUACACUAUUCCAAUCAUCUCCACCUCCAUCUCAUGAUACACAUACACUUCUUGUACACAUCAACCAUUGUUGUGUGUCAUCCAUCAACCUAUAAGGUCAAAACACUUAUACAUACUUAUUCAAUAACCCCCUUCAGGAUGAACUCCUUUCCUAAGUUCCUUUAUGUUAAUUUUCGCGGCACAUUAUCCCACAUACCAUACAUGAACACAUCCCUUCACACUCUGCAACCAUCCACAUAGCUACCACAAGACAGAACACAGGUUGGAAGCACAACAAUAAGAUUUGACUGUACCUUUGAGGAUAAUGUUGUAUCUAUUGUUAAGUUUCAUAUGUGAACACAAUACAUCAAAAUAACAACUGACAUUUGAGAAUUGUUCUCACAGGUAUUUUAUCAUCAUUCUUUGAUACUAUGUUAGCAGCAUCUUGACAUUAACGUUGGUCAGUGUGGGUGGCUGCAUGUGUAGGAACUGAGUUAUAUUUCAUAACAGGAUGCAUCUAGUUGUAUUCACAGUCUACUGUCUAGGAAAUGCAUCUGUCAAACUAGAGAAGGCAAGGUCUGAGGAACUGGCGACUGUGAGUGCUCCCUGUUGAGAAGCUGACGCCAAGUGCACAUCGCUGCUUUUGAAAACUUUGAAGAAUGUCCAGAACAUAUGAAAACUUUGACAUAAUGUAGGGCUGCUUAUUUGAAGUCUCAUCCGAAGACGAUGAAAGUUCCCAACAACUGGAGACCUUUACUACCCUGCACUUGUUGAUCUGAGAGAAAUCAGCCAAACAGAAAAGACAAAGAGAGACAACAAAAACAACUCUUUGUGGCGACCAAAGUCAUACUGGAAAUAAACCGUUUGGCGACCUGGAGAAGGACAGUGAAGCAUGCAGGGGCACGAGGUCGGUACCAGGCUGCGCUACAGGCUGACUCUGGCCUCGGGGAUGCUGGAGUGUCUGUGCUUUGCCGGUGUGGUGUUUGGUUUCGCCUCUCUGAUGUUUGUGCUGAAGGAGGACGGCUACUUCAGUGAGCUGUGUACCACUGUCCCAGGUACCAACGACACAGGCACAGACUGUAGUAAACAGGAUGAGCAGUUCUCUCUGGUCUUCACCAUCGCUUCGUUCCUUAACAACUUUCUGAAUCUAGUCAAUGGCUACCUGUUUGAUCGAUUUGGCACCACGGUGACCAGGCUGCUGGGAAUAGGUUUGUACACAACUGGAACCCUUCUUGUGGCCUUUUCCAGUGAAGCAUUUUCAGAGUUGCUGUUUCCUGCGCUGUCAUGCAUCGCUGUGGGAGGAAUCCUGCUCCUUCUUACCAACAUGCAGGUGGGAAACCUGUUCGCUGCUCAUCGCUCCACCAUCAUCACCCUCUACAAUGGUGCCUUUGACUCUUCUUCUACGGUGUUUCUCAUCUUCAAGCUUCUGUAUGAACAGGGGAUCUCUCUCCGCACCUCCUUCCUUGUUUUGUCCUUCUGUAGCAUCAUACACCUGUUGAGGACCUUCCUGCUGAUGCCCAGAACCCACAUCCCCUACCCUUUGCCACAAUACUACACCUAUGGACCGAGUUGUGGACAGGGCAACACUUACAACGUGGAGCAGUUUGAGAGGAUUAGGGAAGGUGCCAUGGCAGCUUCACAGGAGUCCAGUGGGAGGGACAGCAUUCCAUUAGCACCAGAGGAUGGGACAGAGGCCCAAGACUCAGGAAAAGUGGCGAGUUUCCGGAGCUGUGUGCUGUCUUGGUUCUUCCUGUGGCACCUGGUGUGGCUGUCUGUAAUGCAGCUGAGACACUACCUCUUCAUCGGCACGCUCAACCCCAUGCUCAACCGACUGGCCGACAAUGACUCCAGCCUGGUGAGUCAGUACAUCAAUGCUUUUGCCAUGACGCAGCUGUGUGGAGUGCUGUGUGCUCCCUGGAACGGGCUCAUUAUGGACAGACACAAGGGAAAGCCUCUGGCUCCUGGAGAGACUGAGCGGGAGGCGGACCUGCGCUCCUCCUCUCUCUCUCUGUUCCUCACCUCCCUGCAGUGCCUGCUGUUCUCCGUGUGCGCCUCCGUUCCUCUCCUCCCGCUGCAGUACCUCACCUUUGUUCUUCAAGUCCUCAAUCGCUCCUUCCUCUAUGGGGGAAACGCAGCGUUCAUUAACAUCGCUUUUCCAGCCUGUCACUUUGGGAAGCUGUACGGCAUGGUGAUGUCCAUAUCUGCUGUCUUCUCUCUGCUGCAGUACCCCUGCUUUGCACUCGUCAAAGGAGCUCUGGGAGGAGACCCCUUUUACGUGGACAUUGCUCUGACUCUCCUCACUCUGCUGGUGUUCAUACAUCCGGUCUACGUCUUCAUCCACUGCAGGAAACUAGCCCACCAAAGAGAGGAAAGCGCCCAGACUGGCACCAAAAUGGCUGAAGCCAAGUUAUAGAUCUACAGAUAACAGGUUAAAGGGAUAAACGUGUAUUUAGCACAAGUAUAAAUAGUAUUUUACAUUUUCAUUAAAAAAACAUUUUUUUUUCUACUAACUUUCAGUUCCUGAUUUAUUUUUUUAACUAGAAGAUAGAUUACAGCAUUUUGUAUGACUUUUUUUAAUCUGUUUGCAUUUUAUAUUUUUUUUUGUA